ACUGUGGAAGAGAGAGGGCGGUGAAGUGGGGAUAGCAGAGGAGACGGCGCAACGAAUCCGGCGCCGGAGCCUAGAGAUGAAGCGGCGGGCCACCAUGGACUCCAACCAGGAUCAGCCGGCGUCGAGCUACAAGAUCUAUGUGAAGAUGCUGAAGACAGUUGCUCUCGAUGUGAACUGCACUGAUACGGUUGAUCAGAUCAAGUCUAAGUUCAGUGCCAUGGAGGGGAUUGACAAAAGUGCCCAAGAGCUAUUCUUUGCUGGGAUUCACUUGAAGAAUGCUGACAAGCUUGCUGAUUACAAUAUAACUACAAACUCUUCUGUUGACCUUCAUGUAACUGAUGGGAUGCAAAUAUCUGUCAAGAUUCCCUUGGUUGGAAAGACCAUCAAGCUCAAUGUCAAGAAAUCUAACAGGGUAGCUGAUCUCAAGGCGGAGAUCGAACAGAAUGAGGGAAUUCUUAGGGACAACCAAAUCCUGAUGUACGCAGGUCGGCAGCUUGAGGACAAUCAGACAUUAAGUCAGUGCGACUUGAGGAAUGACCAGCCACUUCAUGUUUUGGUUAGCCCCACUGACAAGCUGCGUGUUUUUGUCAAUGUUAGAGGUGAAAGAGCUGUAAGUCUUGACGUCAAGUCCUGGUACACUGUUGCUGACAUCAAGUUGAUGGUUGAGACAAAGGAGGGUUUACCUGCAUGCACACACAUACUCACGCGAACUCAAUCUGGUUUUGAUGUGGUACUUGCUGACAGCCAGACUCUCCAGGAUCAGAGUGUCAAAAACAAUGACAUCCUCAUGUUGAAGCAGAAUGACAGGGUUGUGUUGCAGCAGAAUGACAGUGUCCAGGUCUUCUUCAGGACUUGGGAAGGGAAGACCUUAACAAUGUCUCUGAAAAUGUCCAACACGACAGAGGAAGUCAUGGAGAAAAUUGGGGAGAGGCUGCCGGUAAGGGAAGAUAUGUACUAUCUCUGCUACAAGGGUCAUGUUCUGUCAUCUGGGGAUACUCUUGAGAAGCAUCAAGUCGAGAGCAACUCCACGAUUAAUAUCCGCCUUCGGACCUCAGCACCUAUGGCACCGAAGCCAAAGCAGGGCAAGGGUGCUUCUGCUCGCACCUUCCUUUCUGUCAAUAGGCAGAAGUAGGUUGUGUUGUCUGCCAAGGCAAUAUUAUACCAGUAUUAUGAUACUAUUACUUAUCUAGCAGUAAACUAGAGGUUUCUGAAUAUCCAGUGACUUGUGCUACCGACCUACCGUAAUGCUUUUGUAGCCGAGCGGCAUGUUUAGCAGCGAUGUUUAGAUCCCACAGGAGUAGAAGAGGCAAGACUAUGCUGCUUGGUUUCCUGUAGAAACCGCAGCUUUCAUGCUGUGCUCCUCUCUUCGCCGCAAUUUGUCUGCUUUAGUAAUGGUUAGUGGAGUAGAAGGUUCUGAACUUCUGAACUGAUUUAUUGGGAAUGUAUAUAGUAGUGAACUACUAGCAGUUAAAU